UCGGCCUCAGUCGCUGGCGGUAGCUUGAAAAUGUGAAAUCGCGCUCAGGGAUUCGGCUGGUGGAAUUGCCAUAUCAAACUGCAAUUGGCAAAAACAUCCGCCCAAUCAUAUCUGUGAUUAUAUAGUAGCCACCUAUAGAAAAAAAUUGUUUUAAAUUAGUGCUGAUAAUCCCUGUUACAAGCCAAAAACAAAGAAAACUGCCGUAUAAAUUGCACAAAGCCCACAUCAGCUAAUCAGUCUGGUUGAGGUAACAUGAAAUCCUCCAUUUCUUUGCUGCUGGUCGUCAUCUGCACCGUGGUCCUGGCCGCGCAACAGAGUCAAGCGAAAAAGGGGUGCCAGGCCUACGGCCAUGUGUGUUACGGCGGUCAUGGCAAGCGCUCCCUGAGCGCCGGAUCCGGGUCCGGAACAGGCGUGGGAAUGGGCGAGACAGCCUCCGGAGCUCAGGAGCAGGACUACGUUCGGCCAAGUGGACUGCUGCCCAUGAUGGCGCCAAAUGAACAGGUUGCGGUGGCGCCCGAGGCCGACUUUAAUGACUAUCCCGCCCGUCAGGUGCUCUACAAAAUCAUGAGAUCAUGGUUCAACCGACCCCGACGACCGGCCAAUCGUAUGGGUGAACUGGAUUAUCCUUUGGCCAACUCCGGUGAACUUAAUGCACUAAACUAAGGCGGGAAGCGCAUCAACAUUCACAUUUCCACAACCCACACCAACAAAAAUCAACAAGAAUAUUCGUCAAGAACGAGAGCAACAACAACAUCAGCAGCAGCAACAACAUAUGAAUUACUUAUGAAUGUUAAUUACUUUCGCAACUUGUAUAAAAUGUUUGAUAAAUGUCUACAUAUACCGCGCAAUCAAUUUUCAUGCUAAUUGCAUAACCAUCCAACAGAAAAAAAAACAACUGAAAUUUUUAGGGGCUGGUAAGGAUUUCAGUGACAAAAAAAGGAAGCACACGACGAAGAAUAAAUUAAAGAAAACGGCAAA